AUGGUGAGAGGACGUCAAGACGAAACCUUGCUGAACAUCUAGGAAGACACGCACGGAGAGUUCGAGGUCGCACUUACUCGCUGAACAUUUAUCAUUAUCAGUCGCCCCGUCGUAGAACAUAGGGUUGCACCAGGUCAACAGAAGAAAGAAGGGAGAUUUCAAUAAGUUGCGACGUGGAUACUGAAAAGAAGGUAUAUAAUUGUUGAUACUAUGAUAUCUGAAUAAAUUAGUUAUCACCCCUGCUGGAUGAAUUGAAUUAGCUAUAAUAUUGAUCCCCUCAUCCUGUCAAAAACAAAAGUAAACCACCAUCAUCGUCAUUAGAUGGGUAAAUGUUGAGGCCCUUACAGCAAGAACUGGGCUAAGGAGAGUCCGGCCCUGCAGAAACUCCCCCAGUCCAGUGCUACGGUCGGGCAGGCAGAGUGGAGCGUAUGGCGACAGGACGUGAGAACCCGACAUCAUCGGGGGCAUUGAUGUAG